AAAUAGCAAAAGAACAAACUAACGUUACCAAUUGUGAAUUCAUCAAAUUCCCCACCACUUAUGCGAGGUCACGUUGUUUAGAGCUGCGGUGUUGCAGCUCACUGACAUCCUUCGCCCAGACAAAUAGCUGCUGAGUAGACAAAACAGCUGAUUGGGUGCUUGCAACACCCGCAGCACAUAUAAGUUAGUAGGCUAUAGCAGUUGCUAGGAGGCUAACAGCAUUUCACGGCAGUCGGGUCAGAAGCUUUCUUGUUAUCCUGUGAAGUGGUCUGCUCUCCAACCAAGUAGCCUUAGCUAGAUUGCCGAGCUGCUAAAUUCAUUGAUUAGUUUUGGGUCGAGGAGGCAUUUCUAAUGGGUCACUGAUUUUAUAAUUUAAAGACAUGUGGCCUGUAAGAAAUAUUUAUCAAAUGACAAAUUAUUCUGGAUAAAGAUCUGGAUCUGUACAAUUGUCAUGGUUGCAGGCGUGCUUUUAUAAGACCACACACGCCACAGGAAUAAUGACACAGUGAUUUCCGAGAUGCCGACAUCGGUGAAGGACCAAAAUCUGUGUCGGAAGAUGAAUGCACCCGAAUUGUUUCUACAAACGGAGUUAGACCAAGGCGGCAUACAUCAACCUCUUGAUGAGGAACGGUCCUUGCAUUUCCGUGAGAUUCCUCUGGAAACGAAGCUAUACCGUAGACGAUUUGUUGUUUUAGCCGUGUUUGGUCUCUAUUCCCUUGUUAAUGCCUUCCAGUGGAUCCAGUAUAGCAUUAUAAGUAACAUUUUCAGUUUUUAUUAUAGCGUACCCAGUGACAAAAUCGAUUGGUUGUCAAUUGUGUAUAUGUUAGCGUAUGUGCCUCUGAUUUUCCCUGCUACAUGGAUCAUGGACAGAAAGGGAAUGAGAAUUGCGGCUCUCAUGGGCGCGGGUCUUAACUGUGUCGGGGCGUGGUUGAAAUGCUGUAGUGUUAGACCCGAUUUGUUUUCAGUCACAGUGACAGCACAGGUAGUGUGUUCCAUAGCGCAGGUGUUUAUUCUAGGAUUGCCUUCGAGGCUUGCGUCAUUGUGGUUCGGGCCAAAGGAAGUCUCAACUGCUUGUGCCACUGCUGUGCUCGGAAACCAGCUUGGUACAGCCAUUGGCUUCCUUUUGCCUCCUGUUCUCGUACCCAACACCGUAGAGGAUAAAGACUUGAUGGGAUACAACAUCAGCCUUAUGUUUUAUGGGACUGCUAUAGUUUCCACAGUGCUGUUUUUAACAGCUGUUGUCGUAAUAAAAGACAGACCUCCCCUGCCUCCAAGUCGUGCACAGGCUGUUCUGGUAAAGAGCCUGCCAACCAACUACACCUACAGACAGUCUAUUAUCAACCUUUUCAAGAACAAGUCUUUCAUUCUACUGGUUAUCAGCUAUGGGAUUAUGACAGGAUCUUUUUACUCGGUUUCCACACUGCUCAAUCAGAUUAUCAUAUUCUAUUUCAAGAAUGAAGAGAUGAAUGCUGGUAGGAUUGGACUAACCCUGGUUUUGGCUGGGAUGGUGGGCUCAGUCAUUUGUGGGGUUUGGCUGGAUUACACUAAAACAUAUAAAAUGACCACAUUGAUUGUCUACAUCCUGUCCUUCAUCGGAAUGCUAAUGUUUACAUUUACACUGGGCACGGGAUAUCUAUGGGUGGUGUUUUUCACUGCAGGAGUUCUAGGAUUUUUCAUGACAGGAUAUUUGCCUAUCGGAUUUGAGUUUGGGGUUGAGAUCACAUACCCAGAAUCAGAGGCGACAUCAUCUGGUCUUCUAAAUGCAUUUGCCCAAAUAUUUGGGAUCCUUUUUACCCUUAUUCAGGGAAGACUCAGCACAACCUACAGUCCUCUGGUUGGAAACAUCUUCCUGUGUGUUUGGAUUUUUGUUGGCAUCAUUCUAACAGCCUUAAUAAAAUCUGAACUGAAAAGACACAAUGUGAAUAUUUGCAGUGGGCACCUGACUCAUCAAGCAGUCCCCAGUGAAUGUCCAUCUGACAAAGCCUCCAGCAGCAUCAAACUAGAUUGUCCUCCAGCAUUUCUUCAUGAGACUUCACUAUAAUUGUCCAUAUAUUCAUGUGCUCUUAACUCUUUUUGCUGUAAAUUGUCUCUAGCAGACGUUUACUUUGAGACAGUGAAAUAUAUUUGUUUACACAUGAAACAAGCUUUAUUCUCCUCAUAAUACUCUUGCGCUCCAUAUCAUGAUGUCAUGAAUAUCUUCAUGAGAUAGUAUAUCUGUAUCCCCUAAAAGAAUAAACUCACAAUACUACAAAAAAAUUUGUUUUAUCUAGAAGUGCUUAUUUAUGUUGGAGACUUAACAAAAAACACCCUCAACUUUCAAAUUUGAACCAAAAUGUCACACAUUCAUCUAAUAAUGUCAUUAAAUGCAGCCACUCUGUUAAAUAUGUCACCAUUCUGUUUUACUAUCAAUGCUUUGAUUAGCAUUUUUACAUUUACAGGAUAAACAACACAGCAACUGUUCUUAACUGUGAUCUGUAUGAAACCUUGUCUGAAAUAUACAUUCUCUACAAUAAAUGUACAAAUGCAUAUGAUGUGGUUUGUUAUUAAAAAUUCAAAUUUCAUUGUGA